CGGGCCGUGUCCGUUCCCUGCAGGCCAGCAUGGUGCACUCCUUGAUCGGCGCCUACUCGCUGCUGGAGCACAUGAGGGUCGUCAAGCCUAAAGUGGCUUCGAUGGAGGAGAUGGCCAGCUUCCAUACAGACGCCUACUUGCAGCAUCUGCAGAAGGUCAGUGAGGAAGGCGAUGACGACCAUCCGGAAUCCGUGGAGUACGGACUAGGUUACGACUGUCCGGCCACUGAAGGCAUCUUCGACUACGCAGCUGCAGUGGGAGGGGCCACCAUCACCGCCGCCCAGUGCCUGCUGGAUGGCAAGUGCCAAGUAGCCAUCAACUGGUCCGGGGGCUGGCAUCACGCGAAGAAAGACGAAGCUUCUGGCUUUUGCUACCUGAAUGAUGCCGUCCUUGGUAUCCUACACCUGCGGCAGAAAUUUGAUCGUGUCCUCUACGUUGACCUAGAUUUGCAUCACGGGGAUGGUGUAGAAGAUGCCUUUAGCUUCACUUCCAAAGUCAUGACCGUAUCUCUGCACAAAUUCUCACCUGGAUUUUUCCCUGGAACUGGAGAUGUGACAGAUGUGGGCCUGGGGAAGGGGCGCUACUAUAGUGUCAAUGUGCCCAUCCAGGAUGGUAUUCAGGACGAGAGAUACUACCAGAUCUGUGAGGAGGUGCUGAAGGAGGCGUAUGCAGCCUUCAGCCCGGAAGCUGUGGUCCUACAGCUGGGAGCUGACACAAUUGCAGGUGACCCUAUGUGUUCCUUCAACCUGACACCCGUGGGGAUCGGCCGGUGCCUCAGCUACAUGCUGCAGUGGCAGCUGCCCACUCUGGUCCUUGGGGGAGGGGGCUACCAUCUUGCCAAUACUGCUCGCUGCUGGACAUAUUUGACUGGGGUCAUUCUGGGGAAAACCUUGUCCUCUGAGAUCCCGGAUCAUGAGUGGCAAACUGCUGCUGAUCCUGGCCCUUCUGCAUCACUUUCCUCCUUGGCUGUACAGAGUGAAUGGAGCAACUCCUGGCGCACAGAGACCUUGGGUGUGCAGGCAGGAACUGCUUGGCACAAAACACACCCGGAGGCAGCCACUGUUCCUGAAGUUCCUCCUCCUCCUUGGCUCCUGGUGCUGCGCAGGGGCAGGGACUGCACGGCUGCCGGGACAAAACUCCUUGUCUACAUUCAGGACACACUCCCUACUUUUCAUGUUUUCAGUACCAGCCCAAAGGGCACUGUUUUGGGGGAAAAGAGAACUGCGUGAAAUGGCACAAGGCACUUGCUGUUAAUAAAAGACAGUGGAAUGAAAGCAGGCGUGCCUCUUUGCAGGGAGCUGCCUUCUCUGUGAGACUCCUGCUCCGUCUAGCUCAGCCCUGUGAGCUCUUGACAGGGAAGGCCGGCUCACCAAGGUUCGAGGCACGCGACUUCCCACUGAAUGUGCACACCUGUUUUCAUGAGCCUCGCCUGGCCCUUCCUGGAGGUCUCUCAGUGUUCCCUCCUGUUCUCACAUUCAGGUGGCAAGUGAGCGUGAACCUGCUAGUUUGUGACUUCAGCUGAGAUCCAUGUGCUUAGUAGGGGGUGUGGUGGACGUGCAUGGCACAGUAUUUUGGCCAGUGUCUGUUUCUAAGACUCUCCCACCUUCCU